AUGGGAAGGUUAGCCAUGGCUGUGCCGGUGAUGCUUCUGCUGCUGUGCACGACGUGCAGACUGACGCUCGGAAUUACUGACGGUCUGCUCCCGAACGGCAACUUCGAGCGGGGUCCGCUGCCGUCGCAGCUGCGUGGGACGCGGGUGGUGGGCGCGUCGGCGAUCCCGUCGUGGCAGACGUCGGGGUUCGUGGAGUACAUCCCGUCGGGGCGGAAGCAGGGGGACAUGGUGCUGGUGGUGCCCGAGGGCGCCUACGCCGCGGAACAGCUCAACGUGUCCGCGUCGGGGCAGUCGGGCCUGCUGGCCAUGCAGACCAUGUACAGCAGCAACGGCUGGGACUCGUACGCCUGGGCCUGGGUCGCCGACGCCGACGACGACGUCGACGUCGUCAUCCACAACCCCGGCGUCACCGAGGACCCGCCUGCGGCCCGCUCAUCGACUCCGUCGCAAUCAAAGCGCUCAACCCGCCUCGCCGCACCAACAAACCUGGUGAAGAACGGUGACUUCGAGGAGGGCCCGUACAUCAUCCCGGGGACCAAGUGGGGCGUGCUGAUCCCGUCGCGGGUGGUGGACGACCACUCGCCGCUUCCCGGGUGGAUGGUGGAGUCGCUCAAGGCCAUCAAGUACAUCGACGGCGACAGCUUCGCGGUGCCGCGGGGCCGGCACGCCGUGGAGCUGCUGGCCGGGAGGGAGAGCGCCAUCGCGCAGGUGAUCCGCACCGUGCCGGGGCGGCAGUACGCGCUGUCCUUCACCGUGGGAGACGCCAGCAACUCCUGCCGCGGCUCGCUCAUGGUGGAGGCCUACGCGGGCCGGGAGUCCACCAAGGUGGCGUACGAGUCGGCGGGGAAGGGCGGCGUCAAGCGCGCCGUGCUGCCGUUCCUCGCCGCGUCCGCGCGCACCAGGCUCGUCUUCUUUAGCUCUUUCUACAGCACCCGGAGCGACGACCUCAGCUCGCUCUGCGGGCCCGUGCUCGACGACGUCGCCGUCGUCAGCAUCUUCUUAAAGAAUUAUUAUGCUGUCUUGGGUUGGAAAUAUAUCAUCACAGAAACAAAAGGCAGCCUGCAAAGCCUUUCUUUUAUUUGUAAUACAGAGAUUAUGCAGGGUGCUGAGUUUGAGCUUGAUAGCAUCAAGAAAAUGUCAAAGGAGUAUGCAGAAGCAAAGGAAUUGGCCCUUGCAGAGGCAAGCCAAAUUGUGGAAGUUGAAGAUGCUAAGCACCUCCUUCAGAGUGACAAGCUGUUGGGUGACAAGAUAGAUGAAGUCGUCAAAGAAUGGGAUUCCCCGAAUGAGGGGUUCUACCAGAGAACUGGAUUAUCCCGUGGCGAUCAGCUCAUGGUGAUUGACAAUGAUGAAUCAGGAGUACAAUAUUAUGAGGACGGAUCCCGUGGCAGUCAGUUCAUGGUGAUUGACAAUGAUGAACCAGGAGUACAAAAUCACGAGGACGAUGACUUUGAUGAGUUAGAUCAGCUGCUAGAGUGA